AUGCACACAUCAUAUUCGGCAACAAAACCCCUCCAUCUGCUUCAACACUGCAAUUGCAAUAGCAUUUCGUCGAAGAAAUUCUCCAAAUUCAUUCUACAGGAGCUCAAUUACAGUUUUAUCUAUAAAUCAAUGGGUGACAGUCAGUAUUCUUUCUCUCUCACCACUUUCAGUCCUUCAGGAAAACUUGUUCAGAUUGAACACGCCUUAACUGCAGUUGGAUCUGGUCAGACAUCUUUAGGAAUUAAAGCUGCUAAUGGUGUUGUUAUUGCGACGGAGAAGAAAUUACCAUCUAUCUUGGUUGAUGAAACAUCUGUCCAAAAGAUUCAGAUUUUGACUCCGAAUAUUGGAGUUGUAUACAGUGGCAUGGGCCCCGAUUCUCGGGUGUUGGUUCGAAAAAGUAGGAAGCAGGCUGAGCAGUAUCAUCGGCUUUAUAAAGAACCAAUCCCUGUUACACAACUUGUGAGGGAGACUGCUGCUGUUAUGCAGGAAUUCACUCAAUCAGGUGGUGUAAGGCCAUUUGGUGUCUCUCUCUUGGUUGCGGGGUUUGAUGACAAGGGUCCACAACUAUAUCAGGUGGAUCCAUCAGGUUCAUACUUCUCUUGGAAAGCAUCAGCCAUGGGGAAGAAUGUGUCCAAUGCAAAGACUUUUCUGGAAAAGAGGUACACUGAUGAUAUGGAGCUUGAUGAUGCUGUGCACACGGCAAUAUUGACACUGAAGGAGGGAUUUGAAGGACAAAUUUCUGGCAAAAACAUUGAGAUUGGCAUCAUUGGCAGUGACAAAGUAUUCAGAGUUUUGACUCCUGCCGAAAUCGACGAUUACUUGCAGGAAGUGGAAUAG